CUAUUGUUAUCCAGUUAGCAUUACGAAAAUUGGUAGGGGAAAACCAACAAAAUUACAUCGUUUUAGUCCCCGUAUUUAUCUUGAGUUAAAUUCUCGUAAAAGUAGGAUUCCUUUGCGGGAACGCUUUGACGCCUUCUUCCUUGUAGCCGUUUCAUUGACAAGAAAAAAAUAUGGCGGCCUGCAGCCUCUAGAUCGCACGACCACCGAGUACUUCGUACUCGUACUUCCGUAACGUACACCACAAGGUCUCCUGUCGCGGUUCAAUAAAUCGAGAAUCGAAGGGAGCUUCCGGCGCGAGUAUUAUACCUGAAAUAAAGCCAUACACCUUGCUUCACGAUGAUCUAAAUCGUGAAAAGAAUCAUUUUGAGACCGACACGAAAGUGGAAAACGCGAAUAUGCGACCAUGAAAUAGUGGCUCGUAGCGUAAUGUCAUCGGGAAGGAGAAAACAUAGUAGACCGACGGAGAAGUGAAUGUCGUUCUCCUUUUUUUUACCCCAUUGAAAGAUACGCGCGCUUGGGAGGAGAUUGAGGGGAAAUAAAAGGGUAUCUCGAUGCGCGACAGGAACGCGAGAGGACGUACGUGGGACAGAACGAGCCUUGUCCAAGAUGUCAGGAAGAUUGCCCCGUCUGCGUGCACUUCGUCCACGACCUCAACAGCUCAAGACCGAGCUACGCAAGGAAGGUAACCUUAAAGAGGACCGACAAGGAAUCGCGAUGAGAGAGCACGAGUCGCACAAUAAUAUCGAGAAGACCUCGUACAAUGACAAAAAUGAUGGAUCCGCGAAGAGCAACUUGAAGGGCGAUCAUGAUGGCCUCCUCGACGGUUCGGGACCUUCUCAAAGUUACGAGUGCAAAACAUGCAAACCAUCAAAGUCAUUAUCAAGUCUUAAGGCGUACCUCGAUCAUCUGAAAAAGGAGCACAAACAAAAGGGAAAAUUUGUACGCGAUGCUGGCAAUCGAUGUUCAAUGUGUUCGUAUGUUGCACUAAAUUCAAGGGACCUUGAAACACAUCAAAGAGUGCAUCAUUUAAAAAGAAGAUUCUUUCGAUGUGCUAAAUGUUCUUAUGUAACACAUGUACGUGCUCGUUAUACAAAACAUGUAAAAUAUCAUUCUAUGCCGAUGAUCAAGUGUGAUGCCUGUGAUUUUCGUACACCGUACAAGUGGAAUUUGGACAGACAUACUCGAAAUCAUGGAGGAGUUGGUGCUUUUCAGUGUUGUGUUUGCAAUUUCACAGCUGAUAUCAGGCAGAGUUUAACAGUGCACGAGACCAAUCAUCAUGAGCCACCUGUAGGUCAAACAAACCACAAGUCUAAUGCACCUUUCGAGCGCAAACCAAGAAAUAGUCCCAAGCGUUAUAAUCAGGUGGGUGCAAGUGACUUUCGGGAAACAUUACAUAUAUCUGGGAGUACAAUGCUGUCCCUCAGUCCUGGAGAUUCGUUCGUUUCCGAUCAGUCAAUGAAUUCCAUAGAUGAUAAACGAACUGCAAUAGCUAAUGCAGAGUGCAUAGCGCUAAAAUGCGAAGAGAAAGGCUGCCAAUUUAUUACUGCAUGGGAUUCUGAAAUGCAACGACACUUAGCAGAAUGUCAUGCUCCGCUUACACCUAAUAAAUCUAGAAAACCACUGCCAAUGUUGAUACCAUUGAGUCCUAGUAAAUGUAGCAGUGGUACCAGUGGACCUUCCACUACACUAUUAAAAGUUCCACGAGUGAGAGUUAGACCAGAACUCGCACAAAUAGCCAGAGAUACGGAAUUGGCCAAGUUGUAUGGGAAUAAAGAAGCCAGCAACUUAAAGAAGGAUGCAAAUAAUGCAGCAGAUUUGUUUGAAAAAAAAAAUGCGUCCUUCUUUGAUAAGUUAAAGGAAAAGCUUACAACAUCGGCGUCAAUUAAUAACGGAGUAGCGGAGGUAGCUGUAAGUACUACGAACGAUUUGAAAUGCUGGUGUACUUUUAAAGCUAGUAGCAUGGAGGAGCUGGCUUGUCACAAACAAACACACCACACUGCUCUCAGUGUAUCUGUGGGUACAACGCGUUGCCCUAAGUGCAGAAGACGUUGCAAAAGUUCGACUGAUCUACAAGCGCAUAUGCAGUGUUGUCGCUCGACAAGCAACGAUACGUCCAUAGACAGUAGCUUAGAAAAAUUAUCGAAUUGUUCAGAACUACGUGUGACCUCGUAUCGCGGUGAAUAUGCAUUCCCUGCGCAAACGGAUUGGGACGUUAAUCUCAGUGGACUGAAUUCUUCUGGAUCAUCGGUUGAAGGCGCCUCGACACAUCCAAGCGGCCGACGGGUAUUCAAAUGCCCGCAUUGUCCAUUUUGGGCAUCCACCGCAAGUCGCUUUCACGUUCAUAUUGUCGGUCAUUUAAAUCGGAAGCCAUUCGAGUGUUCCCUGUGCGCGUAUCGCUCUAACUGGCGGUGGGACAUCACAAAACAUAUUAAACUUAAAGCAGCUAAAGAUCCAGUUCAUAUGACUGCCAGGGUACUUAUGACGGAUGAAACAGGUCGACGGAAUUAUUCCAAGUAUAACAAGUAUCUUGCACAGGUCGAGCAACAGUCAUGGGACGAACAAAACAUGGAAGAACGUAGCGUGGAAGAAUCUAUUUCCGACGAGCCGCCGACUAAGCUGUUAAUAAUGAACAAUGAUGAGUAUUUACAAGCACCAGAGCUUACGUCCACUCCCGUUUCAACCGUGUCCACGAACGAAGAGAGUAAUAACGCUAAUAGUAUUAAUGUUGGUCUGAGACCACCGCCUCCGCUUAAAGCUGCCGCUAGAAAUCGAGGACAAUCUGUGCUAAAAAAUAAUUUGAUCUCCACGCAUGGACAAUGCGGAUCUCCUUCUACUUCGAUCACGGAAGAAAGCAAACGCACUAUGUGGAAGUGCAAGCGUUGCAACUUUAGACAUUCAAAUAGGGACACUGUGUCGUUGCACGUGAAAUCUCACAACGAAUCGGAACAACGCCACGGAGAAGAAAAAAAUCCGUUUGGCUGUGGCGACUGUCCAUUUUCCGCGCCCGAUGCUACAACUUUGUCAAUGCACAGAGUACAUCAUCGUCCGAACUUGGAAGCCAUUUUCAAAUGCUACCUCUGUCCGUACUACGUCAGCACGAAAGUAGAGUUAUUGGACCACGUUAGACUUCACGGCGAAGAACUUGCUGUUGUUCAUCAACAAAAUAUGGACUAUAAUUACACAUCUGCUAAAUAUAAAUCGCAACACGCUUCGAAUAUCGAUAACAAUAUUAAUCGAAUGAAACAAGAGAAGAACGUAGAACAGGUGAUUCAUAUAACUACGCAGAACAAUGUGACUUGUAUCGCCAACGCUUCAAAGAAUUCCAAUACACCGCCACCGCUGCUUCUAGAUACCCGAGCGCUGCCAGAGGCCCCAUUAGUUUGGGUGACUCGCCCGGACGGUACGCUCUCAAAAAUGCUGAAAUGUCGUCAUUGCCCCUUCGUUUCUUCGCGACGUGCCGAAGUUCGAGAUCACGAAAGUAUGCAUCUCGAUUCCCCUAAUCAUGGACACGUGAUCGCUUGCACCGAUUGUAGUUUCACCUGUACGCGAAGAGACGUGAUGGUUACUCACACGGACAUGCAUUCCGGGUCGUUGGGUACCGUUCACUGUCUAGUAGACGAUACGAGACCAGAUUCGCAACAAUUGAGCGACUUAGUUACGCUUCUCGGAUUCACGCAUCCUCCUGUGUUAGGUUCAGAGCCUGAUCUGCGAGAUUCGAGGCUGGUACACUGCUGUAGCAAAUGCCCGGCACGAUUCCUAUGCGAGAAAGAGUUGAGGAUCCAUUUACGAUACCAUUCCACGGAAUUAGCUUAUUCUUGUCAAUGGUGUUCGUACGCUGCCCGCCAACCGGCCCAUCUGUUAGCCCACCAAAAAGCACACUCUACGGAGUAUCAAGAGCGUACCAAGUAUUUAUUGUCUCUGUACGGCCAUUCGCAACGAUACUCACCUCCAACCACGGCUUGCGUCGAAGCAGGCGGCCAAGACUCGACCAACUCGGCCGCGGCCGCAAUCGCGUGGAUCGUUGUGGAAGUUUCUGAAAACUCGAGCAACAGCUUCAAUAACAACGCGAAUCAACGAACGGGUAAUCAAGUGUUCACGUGUGCGAAAUGCCCGGCUCGUUACUUCAAGCUGGACGCUCUGGAGUACCAUAUGACGUUGCACGGAUCGAACAACAGAUUCAGAUGCACCGAGUGUGAUUAUUCGUCGAAAACGGCGCAGAAUCUGGUGAAGCAUCAGGUCGUUCAUCGACGGCAGAACGAAGCGAGUGAAUUGACCUCGAAUCUGUCGCCGCCCCCUGAUCCACAGUUCGGAAUCUUCAUGCGUGGAAACCCCAAUUUCGUGUACCCUGGUUAUCUAAGGAACGGUCGGUUGAAAGAGAAACGGUACAAGUGUCACAAAUGUCCCUCUGCGUUCGAGAAACGAGAACAGUACAGGGUUCAUUUGACGUUGCAUGGCGCGAAACAGAGAUACCGUUGCGACACUUGCGACUAUUCCGUUAAGUACUAUGCCAAUUACAUUCAACAUUUGAAGAAACAUCAGGCGAACGCGGAGGCACAAGCCUCGCGCAGACAAUUCGAGGACGACACGAUUACUAUCGACAGCGACAACUUUACAGACAAUAUAGGCUCUGUGUCUCGUUCGGGCAAGACUCUGAAGUCGUCGAAUAACGCGGUGACGAUAUGCGUGAACGGGACAUCGAUGUUGAAUUACGGCGGGGUUCAAGCCUCGAAUCAAGAUAAACAAUCUUUGUUACUGCUACAGAAAAAGGGAAUGCUUCUGUCGCCCAACGAGGAGGUGGAGACUUUACGCUGCCAAAGUUGUCCGUUCUCCACGUGCGACAAAGACGCGUUGGAUUCCCACAAACGUCGACACGGCAUCGAGAGAAUGACACCGUCCUGUCCACACUGCGAUUAUAUACCGCGUAAAGAUGAGAAUGUCGGCGAACAUAUCAGGCUACAUUUCACGAGACUCUACAAACCGGAAUCCUAUCUCAUCAUAGAACUUUUGACAUUGACAAUGAGAAAAAUAGCGACGAAUGGUAAAGAAGAGAAACAAAAGGCUGCGGAAUUACUGUUUAAAGAAUGCGCGGACGGAAGAUUCUUUCCGCUCGCCGAUGCGAAUUCCUUCGGCGGUACGUCUACCGUGAACAAUUGCAAGGAAAAAGUUAUAGUGGAUCCUAACACAGGAGAGACGAAACAUUUGGCCGUUUAAAACGAUACUAAGGAUCAUGUAAUAUGUAUAUAUUUUUGUGUAUAUAAUAUUAGUAUAUCGCAUAUUUUAGGUGUUUACAUUGCAUUUUCUAGAUCUUUGAUAAUAGAACCGUUAAAAAAUUGUUAUGUUUUCGAUUAUUAGGCUAUGCGACAAAGUGUAACAUAAGUAUCGUAGGAUCUUUAUCGAACGAGUCCGUAUUGAAAUUAAUAUAACUCGGUUUUUAUCAUUACUAUCUAUUUGUAUGCAUGUACAAGGUGUCACAAAAUUAUAUAUCACGACCACCACGGUGUUAUUCCACGCCUCUGGAUUGGUGGAGAUCUAUUAAAAAUUCUAUCCGCAGAAUUCUACCGUUAGUAGAAUAUAAUGCAAUCGUAAAAAAAUUUAACUUUCGAAAAGACGGUCAAGAACAAUUCUGCGGGCAGAAUUUUUUAUAGAUCUUCACCGAUCCAGAGAUCUAGAAUCACACUGUGUUUGGUGGUGACAUUAGAAUUUUGUGGCGCUUUGUAUCGAAGAAAAAAUCUUUUGCCGGUAAUAAUGUCUAUUACAAUAAUUGUAAGUGAUGAUUGAUCAUGGUCGUGGCUUCCGGCUGGAUACUUUUGAGAUUCGUUGCGUCGUAAAUGUGUAAACUUAGACGACAUGCCAUAUUUUGUUGAUUUAUCGAAUAUUUUGCCAGGCGUAGUUUAACGUUACUGUAUAUAAUACUUAAAACUAUCAAUCUUGUACGAUACAAUAAUA